AUGACUCGCUUUGGUUUCCUCUCCCUGGCUCUGCUCUCCCUUCAGGCCUUCGUUGGCACCGGCUUCGCUGCUGAUGCUGAGAAGGUUGAGGAGGAUCGGACCUUCGCUGUCAGUGCGGAGGCAUCCUUCCCCUCUUCUGAGAUCUUCGGUGUGAAGCUCGUCAACGGUCACCCGACCCAGGCGCUCAUCGCUUUCACUAAUGAAGAGCCCAACCCGAUCACCGUGAACUUCAUUGGUGGUAGCCUGUGGACUGUGGAGGAGGAGAGCCAGGCGGUCCGUAACCUGACUGCCACUCGUUACGGCGUCGAGAUCCCUGCCAAUUCUAAGGAGAGCGUCAGCUACAGCUUCGCGACCGAGAUGCACCCCCAGGAUCUCCGUCUGAACAUCGCUGCCAUCCUGUCUGACAGCGAGGGCAAGUUCUUCACCGUCCAGGCCUUCAAUGGCACUGUGAGCGUGGUGGAGCCCGAGACUAGCAUCUUCGACCCCCAGAUUAUCUUCCUCUACUUCUUCCUCCUGGCUUGCUUCGUUGGUGUCGUCUACUUUUUCUACACCGUGUGGGUCGCCCCCUACUUCCCCCAGAAGCGCAAGAGCGGCAAGUCUGGCGAGAAGCGUACCCCCGCUAAGCGCGCCGAGUCCGUUGCCACUGAGGAGACCUCCAGCCCUGCCGUUUCCUCCGCUACCACCUACAACGCCGACUGGAUUCCCUCUCACCAUAUUGCCCGCCCCGAGGCGCGCAAGGUGAAGGGUGCUGGCAAGUCCAAGGUUCGCUCCUAA